GGCGCGGCUCGGCGCGGCGGGGGGGGCCCGGGCCGGGCAGGUUGCGCCGCUGCGCCCGCCCCUCCCGCCGCGGGGCGGCCCUGGCCCCGGCUCUGCUCGGGCGGCGCCCACCACCUCCUGCUCCCGGCCCAAGCGGGCGACGGACGCGGCCUCCGGGCGCACGGGCACGCCACCUCUGCCCAGCUGUUUGACAGCAGUGGGUUGUGAAUGUAAGCCUUUGAUAACCUCAUCAGUGAUAUCGGCGCUACUGUCUUCAGGAUAGAUAACAGCCCUCAAAUCAUCUUCAAGGGAUGCACCAUGACAUCAGCAGUGAUAGACACUGGAGGCCCUGGCCUGGAGUUCGACAGCAAUGGAAUAAAAAACCAAGAGGAGAAUGAGCCAGACUCUGAAUUCCCAGCAGUGAUUGUGGAACCAGUUCCUAGUGCCAGACUAGAACAGGGAUACGCUGCUCAGGUCCUGGUUUAUGAUGAUGAGACUUACCUGAUGCAAGAUGUAGCAGAGGAACAAGAAAUUGAGACUGAAACUGUGGAAACAGUGGAGGCAUCAGUUCAUGGAAGCAAUGUGCACUGCACGGAUAAAACAAUCGAAGCUGCAGAGGCCUUGCUCCAUAUGGAGUCUCCUACCUGCCUGAGAGAUGCCAGGAGUCCUGUGGAAGUUUUUGUCCCUCCUUGUGUGUCAACCCCAGAAUUCAUCCAUGCGGCCAUGAGACCUGAUGUGAUCACAGAAACUGUGGUGGAGGUGUCAACUGAAGAAUCUGAACCCAUGGAUGCAUGUCCUGUUCCAGCUUCCCCUGACAUCCAUGAGCCAAUGAAGAAGAAAAAAGCUGGCCGUAAACCGAAGACACAACAAUCAGCUCUAUCUGAUGGCUCUCCAGACCUAGGUAUAAAGAAGAAACCUAGAGAAGGCAAAGGAAAUACAACAUAUCUGUGGGAGUUCCUUCUGGACCUUCUCCAGGACAAAAACACUUGUCCUCGCUAUAUUAAAUGGACUCAGCGAGAGAAGGGAAUCUUCAAACUUGUGGACUCGAAAGCUGUCUCCAAACUAUGGGGGAAACACAAAAACAAACCUGACAUGAACUAUGAGACUAUGGGACGAGCUCUGAGAUACUACUAUCAAAGAGGGAUCCUUGCAAAAGUUGAGGGACAGAGGCUUGUGUAUCAGUUUAAGGAGAUGCCAAAAAAUAUAGUUGUCAUAGAUGAUGACAAAAGCGAGUCCUGCAAUGAAGACUUGUCAAUGCCUACAGAUGAAAAGUCAUUGGAAAGAGUGUCUUUAUCUGCAGAAAACCUUUUAAAAGCAGCAACCUCUGCACGUGGAGGGAAGAACUCCUCUCAGUUGAGCUGUACUAGAUCAGAAAAAGCAGUCACCAGAGUUGUGAACAUUGCCUCACCAGCACAUGACACAUCAUCAUCUCGUCCCUCAACUACCACUACUACUGUCCCAGCAACGACAGCUCCCAGGACUGUACGUGUGGCAAUGCAAGUGCCUGUUGUGAUGACCUCUCUGGGACAGAAAAUCUCAACCGUGGCCGUGCAGUCGGUGAACGCAGGGUCGCCGCUAAUAACCAACACGAGUCCGACGACAGCCACGACUCCCAAGGUAGUAAUCCAGACAAUCCCUACUGUCAUGCCAACCUCUGCUGAAAAUGGAGACAAAAUCACCAUGCAGCCUGCCAAAAUCAUUACCAUCCCUGCCACCCAGCUCACGCAGUGUCAGUUACAGACAAAGACAGGCCUGUCUGGCUCAGGAGGUAUUAACAUCGUGGGAACCCCGCUGGCUGUCAGAGCACUAACCCCAGUGUCUAUAGCUCAUGGGACACCAGUAAUGAGACUAUCGGUGCCUGCCCAGCAGGCGUCUGGCCAGACUCCUCCCAGGGUGAUCAGUGCAGUUAUAAAAAGCCCGGAAGUUAAAUCAGACACGGCGGCUUCCAAGCAGGAGCGCGAAGUGAAAACCCUGCAGCUGGUAAAAGACGAGAAGCCGGCGGACGGCAGCAAGACUGUGACCCACGUAGUAGUAGUUAGCACGCCCUCAGCUAUUGCCCUGCCUGUAACAAUAAAAACAGAAGGAAUCAUCACGUGUGAGAAGUGAGGAGCAGGUCACUUCAGCGUGGACUUCCAGACUGUUAGGGUUUUGAACAUACUGACAGAACCGGGGGAGGGAAGUGGCUGGAGCGCCCCAGUGGAAAAGGAGCCUUUGGGAAAUGUUACUAAAGCUGCGUUAUGUUGAAGACUUACUGGAAACAAA